AUGAAUAUGGUGAAUACGGAAUACGGUGUGAACUUCCCCCAUGAAAAUGGUGUGAACUUCUUCUAUGAAUACGGUGUGAACUUCUCCUAUGAAUACGGUGUGAACUUCUUCUAUGAAUACGGUGUGAAUUUCUCCUAUGAAUACGGUGUGAAUUUCUCCUAUGAAUACGGUGUGAACUUCUCUUAUGAAUACGGUGUGAACUUCUCUUAUGAAUACGGUGUGAACUUCUCCUUGUAUGAAUACGAUGAAUACGGUUUGAACUUCUUACGUAGUGAGCUUCUAUGA